UCUAUCACAGACAGAAACACUGAUGCACAGCAGCACAGUAAAAGAACACAAAAGGAGAUUAUUGUCAGACUCAUGUUUCAUGUGUGGACCAGAGCAGCUGAUACACGUGUUGAUGUGAGAAAGGUUGGUGGAAAGUUUCCCAUGAUGCCUCACUCUUUCUGGCCUCUCCUGCUUUGUCAUGCUGAAACGUCUGACUUGUUACUCUUUAUUUAACAUCAUGUUUUGUGUGUCUCCUUCAGGAACUGACCAAUCAGUAGUCAGGAUGAUGCCCAAGCAGCAGCUGGCGCAGACGUCUCCGGGGAGUGUGUUGUCGCUCAGAGGCACCGGCGUCCCAGGAUCCCCUGCUGCUGCCAUCGUGGCCAGAGUGGAGGACGGGGUUAUCGGCUAUAAGGACUUGGCAGCCUUACCGAGAGACAAAGCCAUCCUGGACAUCGAGAGACCCGAUCUGAUGAUCUACCAGCCGCACUACAGCUACAGUCCUCUGGAGAGGUCCUUGUCUCCUCGCUCCAUCUCUCCUCCUCCCUCCCCAGAGAAUCUGUCCAAGGAGACAAGGGAGUGGCUCGAGAGCCGAUCACCUGGAGGGUCCUCGCCUGGUUCCACCAUCCCGAGCACCAGAACCCACAGCACACACACCCCGUCAACGCCAAACACACCAACCACACCCAACGCACACUCGUCUGGUACUGUGAAGAGCACCGUGCAGCAUUUCCACAGGCCAGAAAAUGGUACCAACAUCUACAAGAAGCCUCCCAUCUACAAACAGGAUGUGUCGUCCUCUUCGGUCCCUCAGGGGAAACACAUCGAGGAUUUGAUCAUCGAGUCUUCAAAGUUUCCUGCAGCUCAGCCUCCAGACCCGAACCAGCCCUCCAAGAUCGAGACCGACUACUGGCCCUGCCCCCCCUCGCUGGCCGUGAUUGCAGAAAAGGAAUGGAAGAGGAAGGAGCAGAAAGUCGAGGAGGAGGAGGAUGGAGAGCUGGAUGAUGAGCUGUGGGGACUCAGAAAGCUUCAGAAGCAAGAGCUGAACAAGAUUCAGUCCAAUCUGGGCAAAAUCAUCCUGAAGGAGGAGCUGGAGAAGUCUGCAGCGCCUCUGAGGAGGAAAACCCGCUCUUUACCAGAGCGCAGCCACAACGCCGGGUCCAACGCCUCCAGGUCCGUGUAUUUCCCAGCGCCCUCUAAGAGCGGCCUGUCCAGGCUGCGCUCGGCCGAGUUCAGCUCCUCGGAGAAACCUGCUGCAGGGCUUCAGAACGGGGACUCGAGGAUGGACAGAGGGAACUCUCUCCCCAGCAUGCUGGAGCACAAGGUUUAUCCCUACGAGGUGCUGGUGGUGACUCACAGAGGACGCAGCAAACUGCCCCCCGGUGUGGAUCGGACACAGCUGGAGAGGCACCUCUCUCAGGAGGAGUUCUUCAGUGUUUUCGGGAUGUCCAUCGAGCAGUUCGAUCGCCUCUCCCUCUGGAAGAGGAACGACCUGAAAAAAAAGGUCUGUCUCUUCUGAAGCUGCUCGCCUCACAGUCCCUCGCUUCCAGCCGGCGGGACGCGGAACCAAACGGACUCCGAGCGCCAUCAUCAGCCGACACCCUCACUUCAGUUUUUAGACACCUAAGGAGGCUUCAGGUUUGCAGAGAAACACGAAUGCUGCACACAUUAACGUCACCGUUUAUCUGCAAAACGUUAGCGAUGAAGGACGGAGCGAGCACAAAUAAUACAUGACAGAACGAGGACGAGUCUGCGGUCUGUGGCGGUUCGUGAUGGGUCGGCGCUCUCACAAGACCCUCUGAACCCCUGCAUCCCAGCCACAGUCGGACAACCGGCCAACAUUCCUGCUGACUCCGAGUCAGCUCCUGGACUGACAAACAAACCUGUUGCAAUCUUUAUACGAAGAAUUAAUCCUAUUGGCUUAGCCAGCUAUGAUGUCAUAGUGACAGCACUUCUUUCCAGCAUCAAAGAGAAAAACAAGCAGAUGGUUUUAUCGCAGUCGCUCGACUUCAGUCAUGACAGACUGAACGCCCUCCUUAAACCUGCGGCCGGCGCACAAACUAACCCAGCGUGGUUUAGUUGAUGAUGUCAGCAUGUCGUUUAAUCACAACAAAAUAUAAAAACCAUCUUUAGACAAUUUUAUUUGACCUUAAAAAACAAAAAGUGGAAGACAUUAAAUAAUAAUAUAAAAGCUCAGCUUGACCUGAGUUCAUAAACAAACACAGCGACUGAUUUUACUGCCCAUCAUAUGAGAACAUGAGGCUAAAAAGUACUAAGAAGCUGCUAAUUAAAGAGCGUAAGCUGACUAAAAGGAACAAAUCAUUUCUGCCUCAAGUGGCGAUUACAGGAACUGCAGUUUUCUGUCAACCAAAGAGGCCACGCCCCUAAUAAUACAAACUUUGAGACUUUAAUGAGUUUCUUAAAGUAAUAGACACACCCAACCCGACCCCCAGUACAGCUGACAGUCGCCUCACAGCUGGGGAGCUCUUACUGACUGAGUUUGGGGACAGACUAUCCAAUCAGGAGCCCCCUUUAAGCUCAAAGGGUGGUCCCUUUCUUCUCCUCUCGUUGGCUCCGGUUGCUUCGAAGCUCGUUCAUCAUGCGUUGAUCCACAGCCUCCGCUGGCUGCGAUGAAACCGUCUCCUCCCAGUUUUUUUCUUUCUAGUUCAGCAGAAGCCACUGCCACACACACACACACACACACACACACACACACACACACACACACACACAC